AUUACUUGCAUUGAAAGUACAACAGUGUUUAUCUUGACCAUCUCAGUGAGUUGUAAAUUUUAUUUAAAAAUGACAACACAACUGCAAGCGGUGUUUAAUCAACGAAGUUAUAAGACUGCAGUGGCAUAUUCCAACAAUAAUGAUGUACAAGUAAGUUAUGGAAAGAAAUUCAUAGAAAUAGCUGGUGUUCAAAGUGGAGACAAAAUCUUAGAUAUGGGAUGCGGAACGGGAGAGCUCACUUCAUUUCUUGCAGAAAUUGUUGGUAGAGAUGGUAAAGUGGUCGGCGUAGAUCCAGACAUCGGGCGUAUUCAAUAUGCAAAGCAAAAGCAUUUGAGCUUGCACGAAAACCUGGUAUUUGAGAAUGGCGAUAGUUCUACUGAGUUUCAUCAACGAAACAAAUCCUACUACGAUGUUCAUUUUAGCAAUUUUGUUUUCCAAUGGCUUUCUCCAGAAAGGAAGGAGGAGUAUGCGAGAGUUGCCUUCGAGAGCUUAAAAUAUGGAGGAAUAAUUGCAUUACAGAGUCAUGAGGUAGAUCCACAAUUAAUUACAAAGGCAAACGAAAUGAUUUUUUGCACUCCUAAUCUCGUACUUAAAAAGGAACAUGAAGAAAAUGAAAAGGCAAUUCCAUUCUUUAUCAAAAAGUUUGAGGUAGAAGGUCUUCUCAAGAAAUGUGGUUUUGAAAUUCUUUUAAGUGACUAUCACAUAGUCAACUACCAGCACAAGUCGAUCUUGGAUUUUCUCAACUACCAUGUUGCCUCAGACUAUCAUGAUGGCAAAAUAAUUUCAACGAUUGGGCUCAAAGACUUCAGCGAAAUAUUUGUAAAUAACGACGGAAGUGUCGACUAUAUCGAUCCCACAGCUUACCAGAUUUUAGCACAAAAGAUUUGAUGUAUUAACAGACAAGUGAUUAUUCAGGUCUGUUUUAUGGCUCAAUAUAUUUCAGUAUAUAUAAGUACUGAACGCACUGAUGUAGUAUUAAAUGUUUUUAAUGGACAUUUAACCAUAUUAUUUGAACGAUAGGUUACCUUUUUAUGUGAAAAUAGAUUGCAAAUUCUCAUCUUUUUUAGUUAACUAACCACAACACUCAUGUAAAUUAGCUUAAUGCUGACUGAGAUUGUAGCGUGUAUACUUACCUUUAACCAUGGGUCACCCCUUAACGAUCUUAAUAUGUUAAAUUACAAACUUGUUUAAAGUCCCUAAUUAAACAAAUCUUGAUGAUGAAA